CUCGUUGAUUAGUAGUAUAAGACGCUUUCCCGCCCCCAUAUUUCCGUCAUCGAAGUUGAAACUCUUCAAAAAAGCACUCCACUUUUGAGACUAUAAUCAGAUUUCCUUUUAAAUUCAAUCUAUAGGGUUCUCUCUUCUGCGAUGAAAUGGGCACAAAAAUCUCAAAUUGUACCCCCCAAAUUUUUCUGCAAACACGAAUUAACGAGAAAAUCAUCAAUGGCGCACUUUCUUCUCUCUAUGACAACGAUUACUUCUUGAGCAAGAUGUUAUUGUUGCGAAAAAUUGAACCAGAGACGAAAUCAAAUGGUUCCAUCUCCUAGAAUGUUCUCGAAAUUCUGGAAAUUAUCGACGAAUUGAUCAUAGAAAGGGGAAAACGGCAUCGAGUUCCAUGAAAGAAGCUUACUGUGCGAUUCCUGCUGAUCGUACGGUAAGAUUUUUGGAGGAAAAUAUGGAGGAAAAUGAAGAUUGCCUCGAAGUAGUGGAGAGUGUGCAGACAACUAGGGUUUGUGAAACGAAGGUUUUGAAAUCAGCGGAAAAUAUAACCGUUAGUAGGCUGAUAUUGAGACUGCCAUUUCUGAUUCGAGUGUUUGUUAAGAAGAUUUUGAUGAGGAACGCUAGAAAUGAGUCUUUUGAAAGUUUUCAGGCUUAUAUGAAGGAAGCUUGGAUGAUUGUGGGAUCUUCCUUUAUCGAAUUGGCGGGGGACGAGGUGGAGAGACUUCCUUGUAUCAAUUUUGUUGCCAUUAAAGGACCUUCAUUCGAGGGCGCUGAUUGGAACGGGUGAGAGACGGGAUGGACUAUAUUAUUUUCGGCAACAACAUUCUGCUCUUGCGGUUUCUAUUUCUAGCUCUGAGGCUUCGACUUUGGCUCUGUGGCACUCGCGAUUGGGGCACCCUUCUGAGGCUGUGGUGAAGUUACUACCUUUUGUUUCUUCUACCCCUCAUUUAGAUAAAGGAUGUGUCGUUUGUCAUAAAGCUAAGCAGCCUAAGUGUAGUUUUUCUUUGAGUGACAAUAAAGCCUCUCGGAUUUUUGAGAUGGUUCAUUGUGAUUUGUGGGGUCCUUAUUCAACACCUUCUUCUUGUGGUUCUCGGUAUUUUUUGACUUUGGUUGAUGAUUAUUCCCGUGCUGUAUGGAUUUAUUUAAUGGUUGAUAAAACUGAAGUUUUGCGUUUAUUCAUGUCUUUCAUUGCUAUGAUUAAACGUCAAUUUUCUCAGGAGAUUAAGAUUGUGCGUAGUGAUAAUGGCACAGAGUUUUUGUGUCUUGAGCCAUUUUUUGAGACUAUGGGAAUUAUUUUUCAGAAAUCAUGUGUAGGCACCCCUCAGCAAAAUGGCAGGGUAGAACGCAAGCAUCAACAUAUCCUUAAUGUUGCUCGCGCUCUACGCUUCCAAGCUCAUCUUCCUAUUGAUUUUUGGGGUGAAUGUACCUUAGCUGCUGCCCAUCUUAUUAAUCGUACCCCCUCCAUGUUGCUUAAUAAGAAAACCCCUUAUGAGCUUCUUUUCGGUGUCUCCCCUCAUUUUGAUGAUUUGAAGGUGUUUGGUUGCUUGUGUUUUGCUCACAAUCAACGUUCUAAGGGUGAUAAGUUUGCUAGACGUAGUCGGCAGUGUGUUUUUGUGGGGUAUCCAUUUGCUAAAAAAGGUUGGUUAUUGUAUGAUCUGGAGUCUCGUCAGUAUUUUGUGUCCCGGGAUGUGAAAUUUAUUGAAGAUGUUUUUCCCUAUUCGGCUCCUAACCUGAGUCUACUGCUGCUCCUAUUGAUAUCUCGACUCCUUGCCUUGAUUGGGAUGCCUACCUUGCUCCCGUCGAUGUUGAUUCGGGCCCCGACACACCUGCGGCCGAGCCGCCUGCUUCCUCUCCGCCCCCAGCUGGGCCACCUGCUGCCACGCCCACUGCUGGGUCUCCUACAGCCCCGCCCAAUGAUGGGCCACCUGCUGCCUCGCCCUCGGCUGGGCCGCCCGAGUCUUCGAGUGAUGCUACCUCGGUUUUGGGUCGCGGUAUGAGGGCUAAGGUGCCCUCCACUCGCUUGAAGGAUUUUAUUACUUGCACCACUCUGGCUUCUAGUGCUCCCACCGGUUCCUUAAGUCCAUCUCUCUCUUCGCCUUCUCCGUCAGCUUCCUCAGGUACGCCAUUUCCUAUAGCACAUUACGUUAGUUGUGACAAGUUCUCUAUGAAACACCGCCACUUCUUGGCGGCUAUCACUGCAGGUACCGAACCUCACUCUUUCAAAGAGGCUAUGCGACAUCCUGAAUGGCAACAGGCUAUGACUAAUGAAAUUUCUGCUCUUGAAAAAAAUGGCACAUGGACUAUGGAACCUCUCCCUGCAGGUAAAAAGGCUCUUGGGAGCAAAUGGGUGUACAAAAUUAAAUACAACUCUGAUGGGAGUAUUGAGCGGUUUAAGGCUCGUCUGGUGGUAUUCGGUAAUCAUCAAACUGAGGGUCUUGAUUAUACUGAGACCUUUGCUCCGGUCGCCAAGAUGGUUACUGUCCGGGCUUUUCUAGCUAUUGCUGCCUCCAAGAAUUGGGAGUUGCAUCAGAUGGAUGUUCACAAUGCCUUUCUUCAUGGUGAUCUCAGCGAGGAAGUUUACAUGAAGCUUCCCCCCGGUUUUCAGUCUCCCUCUUCGAAUAUGGUUUGCAGACUACGCAAAUCUCUCUAUGGCUUGAAACAAGCCCCUCGUUGCUGGUUUGCAAAACUGAUCUCUGCACUCAAAACUUAUGGUUUUUGUCAGUCCUACUCUGAUUAUUCUCUGUUUACAUAUACUAAGUCGGGUGUACAGAUUAAUGUUCUGGUUUAUGUCGAUGAUCUUAUUCUCUCUGGUAAUGAUUCCGCUGCUAUUCAAGCCUUUAAAGACUAUUUGGGUACUUGCUUUCAUAUGAAGGAUCUCGGCGUUCUCAAGUAUUUUCUGGGUCUUGAGGUUGCCCGUAGCUCUUCCGGUAUUUUCUUGUGUCAAAGGAAAUAUGCCCUCGAUAUUGUUGCCGAAUCCGGCUUACUUGGCUCGAAGCCUGCCGCCACCCCCAUUGAGCAGAACCAUCAUUUCGGUCGCGACGACGGUCCUCUCCUUGCCGAUCCAGAGCCUUAUCGGCGUCUCAUGGGCCGCUUGAUUUACCUAGCUGUUACUCGCCCUGACCUCACUUAUGCAGUUCAUGUUUUGUCUCAAUUUAUGCAUGCUCCUACGCAGACUCAUUUGGAUGGCGCGCACCGUAUUGUGCGCUAUCUUAAAGGUUGUCCGGGUCAAGGCAUUCUCCUAGCUUCUGAUUGUGAUUUGUCUCUUCAAGGAUGGUGUGAUUCUGACUGGGCGGCCUGUCCCCUUACUCGUCGGUCCCUCACUGGCUGGUUAGUUUUUCUUGGCUCUUCCCCUAUCUCUUGGAAGACCAAGAAACAGCAUACUGUUUCUCGUUCAUCUGCAGAGGCGGAAUAUCGUUCUAUGGCAUCUGUUACUUGUGAGCUCAAAUGGCUUAAGGGUCUCUUGUUGAGCCUCGGCGUGCAUCAUCCUAAGGCUAUCCCUCUCUUUUGCGAUAGUCAAUCGACUCUUCAUAUUGCUCACAACCCUGUCUUUCAUGAACGAACUAAACAUAUAGAAGUCGACUGUCACUUUCUGCGUGAUGCUAUUCAGGAGGGCAUUAUCGCUCCCUCUUAUGUCCCUACUAUUGCUCAACUAGCUGAUGUUUUCACCAAAGCACUUGGGAAGAUGCAAUUUGAGUUUUUACUUUCCAAGUUGGGCAUUUGUGACCUCCAUGCUCCAACUUGAGGGGGGGUGUUAGAGAUAUUAUCGGCAAUAUUGUUAAGAUAUUUAGGAAAGGAUAGUUUGUUUCCUUAUUGUAAGGGUUUCCUAAUAUCUCUCUUGUAUAUAUUGCACAUUAUGAUGAUAUGAAAGCUAAGCUUAACCUAAUAUUUGACAAAGGUAUAAUUUGUUCAAUUGUUGGGUAAUUGCUGUUAUUUUGGGUCGUGUACUCGUGUUAUUGAAUUUUUGUGCAUAUAUCUUGCAUAUUAGUUUGAUUGUUUAUAGUUAUUUGUUUGGAAGACAUGAGAAGGAAUGAAGUUUGAUGUCUUCGAAUUUGCCUUGUUCUAAACUGGUUGCUACCUCAGGUAGAUUUUGCUUAAUUUUUCUAAAUUUUUUUUCUUGCCAUUAAAGGUAUAAUUUGUUCAAUUGUUGUGUAAUUGCUGUUAUUUUGGGUCGUGUACUCGUGUUAUUGAAAUUUUGUGCAUAUAUCUUGCAUAUUAGUUUGAUUGUUUAUAGUUAUUUGUUUGGAAGACAUGAGAAGGAAUGAAGUUUGAUGGCUUCGAAUUUGCCUUGUUGUAAACUGGUUGCUACUUCAGGUAGAUUUUGCUUAAUUUUUCUAAAUUAUUUUUCUUGGAUGGUGCUAUUGAAUUUUUAGUUAACUUUAUGCAUAUUAAGUUAUUCGCUUUGCCUUUUAAUUUUGGGCGCUUAAGGUUGUAGCUGACACAUUAGACUUUUCGUUUAGUUGAUUGAUAUAUGUUGUAUUGGAACUGCACAAAGUAGCCAUAUUAAGUGAAAAUUAGGGCAGACGUGGACUGAAGUAUUAUAUAGUGCAUUGGUUUUGUAGGGUGACUUACGUUGUAAAACAAUAAUGGAAAAUUCAUACGCCUGCAUUAGGAUACAGGCGGAGGAAUCGUCUUAAAGAGGUAAAGUAGCUUGUUUGGAGUGUAAUUAGAGAAGUUAAAUUACAAGCUUAGGAUGCUAAGAAAAUCAAGUAGUUUUCGUAUUUUGAAAUAUCUUUGGUUCCUUGGAUAGUACUACUAUACUAUAUCAUCGAUUUAUAUAUAAAUGGAGGGGGCAAUGCCCUGUUGCUUUAAUGGAAUGACUGACCUGUGUUGGUAAGUUUUGAUAAUAUAUGAACUUCACCAGCCAACUAACUGUACACUUAUACAGACAGAAAGUGCAAAAUACAUUUAAUCUGAAUUGGAAAUGAUUCGACCAAUUUGUUGAGGUGUAAAGUAAUAAUCUGAGUUUCCAUGUCAAUUUUGUACUAUUUAAAAACCCCUAAACUGAUAGUAAAUUCAGAACACGACACAUUCAAGGAUUGCGAGUGCUAUGCGAGGCUCUAUCAGCUAUGAUGCUGGUUCUGUCUCUGCUCCAGCUGCAUUUUUUCCCCCUUUCUUCUUAGUUCUUACUUCUUACAGCCUUUUAUCUUUUUCUUGGGGUGGGGGACGAUGAGUUUAGUCUAAUAGAGCGUUUGUGAUUUUGUCGAAGUACAUGCUCAUUAGUUAUAAAAGUCUUGACAUCUUUUUCCUUGGAUGUGAUGUCCACUUUUCAGAAAUUCUUUUAUUAUGUACAAUAUUGAAUAUGAAUGGAGUAACAUGACCUUUGUGUUACUACUAUUUCAUUCCCUAUAUAGUCACUACUCACUACUCUACCCCUUUAAUUACCUCAACAAUCUAAUGAAUCUCACUACAUCAAAGUCGAAAGUGAGUGAAAAUGGUCGAAUUUGACCUCUAAAACCUCAAAUUUCAUAUCUAAUUGUGGUGGAGAAGGAAAAGAAAGGAGGGGGUGGUGGUACAAGGGGGUGCCACGGUGGUCAUGGACUGCCUUAAGGAGGCAGCGGCAGGUGGUGAGGGGAAGGGUGGUGGCCGGCGGAACUUGAGAAAGAGGAGGAAGUGGAUAUAUGGUGGUGCAAUGAUCCUACCCAGUGAUCUAUAUGCGGAUGAUGAGGAUGUAGAGGACUCCAUAAACAUGGCCAACUACGUGUCUACAUCCUCAUCCUUACUAAUACAACGGAAGAAGUUCUUCAAUCCAAUUUCGUGCUACUGCAACACUCUGUGAGUGAUCCUUGUCCUGGUGCUUCUCAAACAGCUCAUAGCCUGUCAUUUACAAAAGCGGAAAACAUGAGUAUGGAAUCUUGGUAGAAAACCAGAAAGGUUGUAAGAUACGUGCACCACCUGAAAUGUACGGUGCAAGAAGCUAUUAAAAGCAGUUUUAGUGAACUGCACGCUAUUAUGGCAGAUCCUCUUCUUGAAGCUUUGCAGACACUUUGGCAUAUUCAUAUUGCACCAAUGUAAUAAUAAAGAAAAUGAAAAUCUAAUAUGUGGUGUUUCUAUUGCGUAAUUUGCAUUCAUGGUGCUUCCCUAACCACAUGCACUCCUCUGCCCAAUUGACAUGCAACACAUAUCUAACAGUAUACGAAUGAUCUCGAUUGAACUCUACAAUCGGUGGAGGCACAAUCAAGAGUACUUGCACCUAGAGAGCUCAAUCAGAAUAUGUUUGACAAGCUCACAGGAGAUCCCCGAUGCAAUGAGACUCAUGAUCCAGAAAAGCAGCAAGAACAUAAGCUGAGUCUAAUGGAGCCCAAUGGUUCUAGCUCUACAUUUGUGUCGGAUGGGGCUUGUUCGGUAAUUUGUGCAGAGGUUCAACCCUCGUGUCCUGCUAGAGAAGCAUGAAGACUUUAAAUUUUCAUUAAGGCGAGAGAGGAACUUCUGGACUCCACUUGGAAGUAGACACAUUGAGGGUGCGUUCUAUUCAACUGGGGUAAGAAAGUUUGGUAAAGGAAAAUGGAAAGAAAUCCAGCAUAAUUUUUGAGGACAUAUUUCAGGAUAGAACAGAGAUUGAUCUGAAAGAUAAAUGGCAAAAUAUGAUGAGAUUGCUUGCUGAUGGUGUUUGAAGUUGGUCUUUUGCAUCUAACACUACAGGAGAUGCUUGUUUCAUGACGUUUGGCGCUUUAAUCUUGGUGUGGACCACUAAGAUAAGAGCCCUUCUGCGAAGGAUCUCUUGGCGCUCCCUUGUUGUCCAAAAAUUCUUAAAAUGUGGAGUUGCACUUGAAGGUGAAAUUUAGCUUCAUUUGAGUUAUGCAUUUUGUCCGUGGUUGCAAAAUAUCUCAAUUGCUCAUUUUUUGUACGACACAUCGCAAGCUGUAAUGAGGGUCAAUCAACAAGGACAAAAUGUAAUAUGUGUUUAUGUAGCUAUUGGCCAAAAAGCAUCUUCCCUCUUUCUCUGCCUUUUUGGGUACGAGAAAGGGGCGGGGGCAAAAAUAACUGGAAUCGUUCCAUGCAAGCCAGAUUAGUCAACAUUUAUAUGUUUCGAUGCAACAAGAUAUUAUUUGUAACAA